AUGUCGUUCGCCGUAGAGCUACCUGGAGAGGUAGCUCCUCUUACAACUGAAGAGGUGUGCCGAGCGCUGAAGUCUGCUGUUUGUUCGGAUAACCACAGUAUACAAACUGGAGCUCUGCAACUUCAAGCAUGGGAGUCACGGCGGCAAUAUUUCACCUUCCUUCAGGCAUCUUAUUUUGAUAAAUCUUUAUCCUUGGAAGUGCGCUACCUAGCAAUUAUUCAAUUGAAAAAUGGCAUAGACAAAUAUUGGCGAAGAACUGCUACAAAAUUUAUUGUGCCUGAAGAGAAGGCGCAUAUAAGAUCUCGUCUUCUGGAAGGGUGCAUUAAAGAGGAAGAAAAAAAACUAGCAGUGCAGAGUGCACUCGUAGUUUCAAAAGUUGUAAGGAUAGAUUUUCCGAAUGAAUGGCCCGAAGCCCUUCCGGAUUUAAUCAAGGUGAUCCAGGUUUCUCGGCGAACAAAUCAGCUUCAUUUACAGAGAGCGUUGCUGAUGUCACUCCAUAUUGUGAAAGAAUUGGCAUCUGCACGCUUACGAGCAUCUCUGGCCAAAAUCACAUCAAUCAACCAGGAGCUCUUUUUUCUCAUAUGUGAAAUAUACCUCGAAAGAGUCACUUAUUGGGCUUCCUUUUCAUCGGAACAAGCCUCGCAUGAGAAUGGAGACAUUGUGGAAGCAAUGGAAACAAGUCUACUUGCACUACGGACUUUAAGACGAUUAGUGAUGAUUGGGUAUGAAUCCCCUAAUCAUUCAAAUGACGUGAAGGUGUUGUGGGAACAAGCUCAACAACAAUUCGGGCUAUUUUUUAAGAAGGUGUCACAUCUGCAGUCUCCAGUAUCUCGUGGAAAUGAAAUAGUAGAAAAGCAUCUUCUACAGCUAUCUAAACUUCAUUUGUCCAUGGCAACUCAACAUCCCGUUGCCUUUGUUCACCUCCCUGGAUCGUUUAAUUUAGUGAGAGCGUACUGGGAUCUAGUUACCCAAUUUGGUGAAUUAUAUAGCUCAGAGUUUCACGAACACAGUGAGACAUCUUUGAUGGAUGAUAGUCAAGCAAAUCUCAAUAAGCCUUUAUUAGAGAAACUGUGUCUUAAAGGUCUUCAAAUCAUGCGAGCUUGUAUAAAAAUGGGCUACAGCCCACUGCGGUACUUUCAAUACACCAGUGCUAAAGUCAAAGCCGAGCAAAAAGAAGCAAUUGAGCUAGUCAAAUCUGAGCUCUUAACCGUUCCAUUAAUCCAGCAUGUUGCAAAUGUAAUAGUUACAAAGUUGUUUUUACUUCGACAGACUGACCUUGACGCGUGGGAAGAAGAGCAAGAAGAGUGGGUCGUAAGAGAGGAAGGUAAUGGAGAUGCUUGGGAGUUUGAAUUGCGACCGUAUUCGGAAAGGCUAUUUACGGAUGUGAUCAUCAAUUUCAAAGAUAUGCUCCUAAACCCAUUGCUCUCAUACUUUGGAUCAAUAGCAAACAUAGGAUCCGACUCCAUUCUUGCGAAGGAUGCUAUAUACACAGCUAUGGGACUAUCAGCCCCUAUAGUGUUUCAAAGUUACGAUUUUGACUCAUUGAUUUCAUCCACACUUGUUAAUGAUGUUCAACAGAAUGGGCCCAGCUUUAAGGUAUUGCGAAGGCGCAUUGCCAUUUUAUUGAGCCAAUGGAUCGUUAUCCAGAUUUCCAGUGAGAACAAAGUCAUCGUUAAUCAGAUUUUUCAGCAUCUUCUCAAGGGUGAGGAUGAAACAAACGAUCUCGUUGUCCGUAUCUCUGCGGCAAGACACUUCAAACUUGUUGUCGAUGAAUUUUCGUUCGAUGUUGCACAAUUCCUUCCGUUUGCACCUGAGAUUUUGGGUAGAAUCAUGACUCUCGUUCAAGAGGUUGAUCUCUGUGAGACAAAGAUAGCUAUUCUCCAUACAAUUCGCGUUAUUACCAACCGUCUUGAAAAAUACAUUAUCCCUUUUGCUGAUCAAAUUGUUGCAAUGCUUUCCUCGCUCUGGGAAGUUGCCGGAAAAGAAUACCUACUGAAGCAAUCGAUUUUUAGCAUUCUCUCCACACUCGUUGUCUCUCUCCAGUCUGCUUCAGAACGCUAUUAUUCCAUCAUGAUUCCUCUUGUGGCGAAUUCUGUGGCAUCAGAUUCGGAGUCUCGAAUCUAUCUCUUGGAAGAUGCGCUUGAUCUUUGGACCAAUAUUCUAGAAACAAGUCAAUCCUCUGAUACUCCCACUAUUUUAUCUCUUGUGGACUCUAUAUUUCCACUGCUCGAGCUGGGCUCGGAAAAUCUUCGCAGUGUACUUCAUAUCCUCGAAUGUUACUGUAUUCUUGCUCCCAAAUACAUGCUUUCGGACACCUAUCGUUUCCGUACCUUAACAUAUAUGAAUUCUCUUCUCGAUGUCAGUAAGCGCGAUAUAGCUGGUCUAGUAACUUCAAUUGUGGAGUAUCAUAUUCGUGCUGCGGAAAAAUAUGGAGGAUUAGAAGGACUAACUCUGAUCUCCCAAGACUUGCUUAAAACUGGACUUUUUGCUCAAAUUCUGGCCGGCUUACGAGACUCAUGGGAAGCUCAUGAGACGAGUGGAGUGAACAAGAGAUAUCCAAGGCAUACUGAUAUGGUAGAGACGGACUACUUGACCAUCCUCGCGAGGCUCAUUAUGGCUGACCCACGUAUAUUUUUUGACAUGGUAUCAUCGCUAGGCUCCUUUGAUGAGGUUUGGACAUGGCUCUCGACCGAAUGGUUCCGCCAUUUUGACAACAUGGCGAGUAUUGAACGACAGAAGUUGUCAUGCCUAGCUCUUACGCGCCUGCUAGAACUCCCAUCUCCGGUGCUAGAUCUACUUCUCCGCAAAAUUCAAGACUUCCUUGCAAUGUGGACACAGGUCAUCAACGAACUAAUUGAGGGUAGUGAAAAAGCUGUAGAUUGUUUAGUAUGGAUUUAUGAUGGCAAUUAUGGAAACGAGACCUCAGACGUAACAAGACGGAACGAUUGGGCCCAGACUGAUGUGGUGCAUAAAAUCUCGACGUGGGAUUUUGUCAAGGAAAAGAUGUCACAUAUUGCUCAAGCAGUUGGCGGUAAAGAUAUAUUUGACAAGGACUGCCUAGCUAAUGUUGAUAAAGAAGUUUUGAUGGGUUAUUACGCCAUCGGUACGGACUGGCAGGUUAAAUGA